CGGCAAUCAUGGAAUUCCUGUUGGCCGCCUCGGUACCUCUUCGGUGUUCUUGGGAAAAGGAAAAGAUCGAUACGUGCCUCUGGAACACGAUGGCUGACUGCUCAGUUCUUUUUUUUUUUCUUUCUUUUUCUUGGCUCUAACAUAUUUCUCAAAGGGGCUGCGUUAUGGUGGGUAUUCGAGAGUUUGGAUGCAUGUUACCUACUUCCAAAGAUCAACUCAACCGGAGAGGGCUAUGUUCCACCUCGUUACCGCAUCCGUACCGUCUUACCCGACUGAAGACCCCAGCCCUCCCCACUCUCCCCCUCCAAUAGGUAGAGACACUAUUACCUAGUGCUAGGCUUCUCCAAGCGCCCGACAAAGUAUUGGAGAAAUCAAUCCUCAAAGCCGUCUCGUAUUCUUCUCCCAUCGUUGCUACUAGCUAGCAUUAGCAUUGUCAUGUUUUGUGAUUCCCAUACACUGUUCCACUCCAACACGUUUACCCGUCAAUGGCCUUCAUGGUGCCAUUCACCAGCCCACUAUUCAUUUCUUCUACAACCCACCCUGCCCGCUCUGACCAUAUCGGCCGUCCAGCAUGACUAACAGAAUCUACCUCAUCAGUCAGGUGCAGCUCCUCCUCGUCCACGUACUCUUCUUAGCUCAGUUCGAAGCAAAGGCGGGCAGUCCCAGAGUGGUGGUAGAACAUUGUCUUGUUUCGAACUCGUUCCAAUUGCUUCGUCGGCUGUCUACUAACAAGGUUGCUUCGCCCAUGGAUCGUGUGUCGGCCGAGCGCUCGUCGCCCGGAAAGACGGAGGCGAAACGCGGCGUCUUGCCUCCGGUGCUAUGUAUUGCCGCUAGCUGCAGCCUUGCCCAAGUAAGCUUUUUUGAUGUUGAAUAGGGGAGGCUUGUUCCUGGAGCCAAGGAGAAUCGCCUCGUUCCUGAAUCGCGGCCUGUCUGCUAUUCAUCCGUUCGCCUCGUCCUCGACCUUCUGCUUGUCACAUGAUGUCUGGAAAACGAUCGUAUCGUGUUCAAUAGGGUUCUCGUUUUAUGCAGCGCCCGGUCGAAGCUACUCGAUUCCUAAAUUUCCACCCGAUCCAAUAAGAAUUCGCUGUCAGCGGUAUUGCCCGUCAGCCAUCCAAACACAAACUCCAGAUGUCGUAUACUUGUAUUGUUCGGAACCUAAUUCACGAUUUCAAUUGCACUCCAAUCAUCAGUACAUCUGAUCUUCGGCGUUACUUCGCAUCUCCCAGCUCUUUUUGCCUCUCCAUACCUCUCAAUGUCCGAGUUCUAGUCACCCAUAUUCCGAGAUAAGAUUCCAUUUACAAAGCAUAUGCUUUCUGCGAUUCAUGAUUUAUCUCCAACGGGUACCAACAAUCGACCACGUUAUCUCUAUUACAAAAGAGCAUGCAGGACGGGUGGACGCACUAUACCGUCAAACAUUAACAAAUGUCUCACACCAUACGAUGCCCACUCCGUAACUCGAGGUGCCGGCAUUCUCCCCAGUCAGAUACGACCACUUUUUCAUUCCAAUAAUAAACAGAUUAAACGAUGAAGACUGUCGAUUCGCCAGCUCAUAAUCACAGUCAUGCGUUGGCGCUGACAAUUUUACGCUGUAGUGUUACGCUCGCCUACAGCCGCCCAAAACACACGGUCCCGUGUGCAACAAUACACUCGAAACUCAUCAAUGUAUCACCGCAUUUAUACCCAUCGGGAUGAAUUGGCCAUUCAGCGCAAGGGAAUUGCAGCAAGGUGCAAUCAUAGCGCAUGCAACCAUUUGACAGAGUUUUUUCGUUUUGCAAGCUAUCUGGGUCUUCCGUGCCUUGCUCACCACUUUUACCGAAUGACUCCCUUCUAUGACUGUGACUGGUCGACUUGCUCAUUAGGCAUAUAUGUAUAC